AUGCUGCUGAAAGCCAGCACUCGGGUUGAGGUAACCACACUGACUGCCCUGCUGCUGGCCAGCUGCGCUGCUGAGUUCUUAUCGGGAAGCUUCGAAAGCACGUGUGCCUACUCGCUAGCUGUGCGAGUCAGGGCACUGCUCCAGGGCUCCGUCUUUACCAAGCUGGCCAUCAUUCUGUUCGGAACAUGGGCACUGUUUAAUCCCGGAAAGGAAUUGACUGCAUCCCUCUCGUUCAGCUGCAUCUACACCCUGUCCCUUCUGGAUCCAGCUUGCAGCAACGUCGUUUCCAUGCUAAGACUCAUUGUGCUGGCAGUUUUCGGGCUCAAGAGAAUCUCGAAGGCAUGCACAGAACCGGAAAGAAAUGAGGACACCAGUACUUCGGAAGACGACGCGCUCCCUCCAGGCUCCAUCUGCCUCGACGAUUGCUCAUUCACGUGGAGCAAUGAGGAAGCAUCCAUUGGAACAAGUGUGGAAGCUGCGUUACGUGACGUGAGCCUGAAAGUUGAGCCUGGUUCCCUGGUUGGCAUUGUGGGCUCUGUUGGAAGCGGGAAAUCAACCCUGUUGAGCGCACUUCAAGGCGACGUGCAACAAAUAAGCGGUCGCUGCAGGGUCAUGGGAACCAUAGCCUGCAUGCCACAGAGUGCGUGCAUCUACAACAUGUCGAUAAGGGACAACAUCUUAUUCGGGAAACCGCACGACGCGUCCCUAUACAAUAGGGUCCUGUCUGCUUGCGACCUCUUGAAAGACAUGGCUGGAUUUCCCACGGGAGACCUCACAGAGGUUGGACAAAAGGGUGCAACACUAAGUGGUGGGCAGAAGCAGAGAAUAGCCCUUGCUCGAGCGGUCUACAGUGAGAGCAGCGUCUACCUUCUAGACGACACGCUGAGCGCGCUGGACGUGCAUGUCGCGGCGAAGGUCUUCGACAAGGUGAUUGGACAGCACGGAUUGCUGCGAAAAAAGACACGACUCGUUGUAUGCACGCAGACCCAAUAUCUUCAGCAGAUGAAGAAGAUACUUCUAGUUGCUGACAGACAAGUUACGUCUUUCAAUAGCGUGAGCGAACUGUUACAAGAUCCUAGAUGUGCCUUCGCCCUCGCGAUGAGCACACGCAGCCUGUCCUACCGACUGCACAAUGUGAUGAUCGUCAGGGUGCUCGGCAGCCCUGUUGGUUUCUUCGACGCCACUCCGAGAGGUCGUGUGCUCAACCGCCUUUCCGUCGAGCUGGAUGUCAUCGACUCGCGCUUUUAUCUGGGCUCCAAGCAGGUGUUGCAGUCGCUAACGGCGGGCAUCGCCAGGAUUAUCGUCACAGGACUGCAGCUGCCGACGGCAGCCGUUCUGGCAGCAGUGGCUGUCACGUUCUACCUUUUUACCAUGGUGUUUAUGGCCAAAUCCGCAAAUAUGGCGCGGAGGUUUGAGAGUGUCAGCCUAUCUCGGCUCCUCCAACACGUGGCCGAGACACGAGAUACGCUGAGUGUGGUGCGCUCGUAUGGCGUGGAGCACCGGUUCACCGCGCAUUGCCACCGCCUCGUGAACAUGGCCACAACUGGGUUGCUGGCGCACGUGAACAGCCUCCGGUGUUCUCGAUUCCUGGGAGGCCUGUGCGGCUUUGUCGUGAUACUGGUAGCCGUAAUUUUUGCCAUUCUUCCGUCGGGACGCAGUACCAAUCUUGUUGAUGAAGGAAGCUCCGUUGGACUUGCUCUGAGUUCGUCUAUGGGGAUAUCCCUUCUCAUCGUGGGGUCAACAGGUGCAAUCUUCUUUGUCAUCCAGGCACUUGUGUCUUUCGAGCGGUGUCUCGAGUACACGCGUUUACCACCAGAGGUAGAUGAGCAGGGAUCCCAGGACGCCGCACGCAUUGCUCGGAGAAACACGAAGAGCUGUGCCAAGGCUAUCUGCAUUCGUCCACUCGAUGAAACAGCGUGGCCUUCAGAAGGAAAGCUCGAGUUCGACCGGUAUUCGGCGUCCUACAAGCCCGGAGUGUUGCCUGACGUCCUCACCGACGUGUCCUUCAUAGCACAUCCUCGUGAGAAGGUGGGCAUUGUCGGUCGCACAGGUGCAGGUAAGUCUUCGCUCCUUAUGGCGGUGCUCCGGGUCUUGAAGGCAUCAGCUGGAUGCAUCCGCAUAGAUGACGUCGACAUAGCAUCAGUACCCUUGCGUCGGCUGCGGUCAGCCGUCACCGUCAUCCCACAGGACCCUUGCUUGACACGAGGCGCACUACGGGAUGUUUUGGACCCGACUGGCAGGCACUCAGACAGCGACGUAUGGUGCGCACUGGCGCAAGCACACCUCACCGAAUUCGUCGCGCACCACUCUCUGAACAUAAGGAUGGACGUGGGUGACGGUGGAAGUAACCUCAGUGCCGGCCAGCGACAACUUGUGUGCCUCGCCAGGGCUCUGCUUCGGCGGCCACGUAUUAUCCUCAUGGAUGAGGCUACAUCACAUAUGGAUGGCAACACUGACAGGACCGUGCAGACUACGCUACGAGAGAGCUUCGCCUACUGCACCGUACUCACAAUUGCACACAGACUGGAGACGGUGCUAGACUACGACAAGAUCCUGGUGAUGGCUAAAGGCAGGACAGUUGAGUUCGGACCCACGCAGCAGCUCGCCAGCAAUCCUGAUUCCGCAUUCCACGCUAUGCUGCGGCAAGCCAGAUUGCUUCCAGAGAACAGUUUGGAGAAUAAUGUUGAACCGACUACGCACAUUACCCAUUUAUGA